UUCAGCGCCCUUACUUACUGUUUUAUCAUUUUAUACAGUGUAAAAGUUGUAUGAUUAGCGAGCCAUUGCAAGUACCAUAGGCAUAGCAACAAUCUCUAUCCCCUGAAAAAGCGAUGGAUAUGAUGGGUAUUGAAGCUGUGCCUUUUGCCACUGCGGUGGUUUUGGGUGGUAUUUCGUUGGUGGUACUGAUCUUCAUCAGAAGAUUUGUUUCUAACCGGAAAAGAAGUGUUGGAGGGCUUCCACCUGUUCCCGAUAUCCCAGGGCUGCCGCUGAUCGGGAAUUUGCUGCAACUGAAAGAGAAGAAGCCACACAAGACUUUCGCAAGGUGGGCUGAGACUUAUGGCCCAAUCUUUUCCAUCAGGACCGGAGCUUCUACUAUGAUCGUUCUGAAUUCCUCCGAAGUUGCUAAAGAGGCAAUGGUGACCAGGUUCUCAUCCAUCUCAACAAGGAAGUUAUCAAAUGCCUUGAAGAUCCUUACCUUCGAUAAAUGCAUGGUUGCCACAAGUGACUACAAUGACUUCCACAAGAUGGUCAAAGGGUUUAUACUCAGAAAUGUUUUGGGAGCCCCCGCUCAGAAGCGACACCGAUGCCACAGAGACACCUUGAUUGAAAAUAUUUCGAAAUACUUGCAUGCCCAUGUGAAGACCUCUCCUCUUGAACCAGUGGUUCUCAAAAAGACUUUCGAGUCUGAAAUUUUCGGAUUAGCGUUGAAACAAGCUUUGGGCAAGGACAUUGAAUCCAUUUAUGUGGAAGAGCUUGGCACCACUUUGUCAAGGGAGGAGAUAUUUGCGGUUUUGGUUGCUGAUCCGAUGGCAGGGGCCAUUGAGGUGGACUGGAGAGAUUUCUUCCCAUAUCUGAGUUGGAUUCCUAAUAAGAGCAUGGAAAUGAAAAUCCAGAGAAUGGAUUUCCGCAGGGGAGCAUUAAUGAAGGCCCUUAUCGGGGAGCAGAAGAAAAGGAUUGGUUCAGGAGAGGAGAAGAAUUCCUACAUCGAUUUCUUAUUAGCCGAAGCAACAACACUCACGGAGAAACAAAUAGCCAUGUUGAUUUGGGAGACAAUCAUCGAGAUAUCAGAUACUACUCUGGUCACAUCUGAAUGGGCCAUGUAUGAACUUGCUAAGGAUCCAAACCGGCAGGAAAUUUUAUAUCGGGAAAUCCGCAAAGUUUGUGGCUCCAAUAAGGUUACAGAGGAAAACUUGUCUAAGCUUCCGUACUUAAAUUCUGUUUUCCAUGAGACUCUUAGGAAGUACAGUCCAGCUCCCAUAGUCCCUGUUCGGUAUGCGCAUGAAGAUACCCAAUUGGGGGGAUACCAUAUUCCUGCUGGAAGUCAGAUCGCUAUAAACAUAUAUGGGUGCAACAUGAACAAGAAACAAUGGGAAAAUCCUGAGGAGUGGAAGCCUGAAAGAUUUCUGGAUGAGAAAUACGAUCUAAUGGAUUUGCACAAGACGAUGGCCUUUGGAGGAGGAAAGAGGGUGUGUGCAGGCGCUCUUCAGGCAAUGCUAAUAGCUUGCACAUCAAUUGGUAGGUUCGUGCAGGAGUUUGAGUGGAAACUGAUGGGAGGGGAGGAAGAAAAUGUGGAUACUGUAGCACUCACCAGUCAGAAACUCCAUCCCAUGCAAGCGAUCAUAAAGGCAAGAGAGUGAUGACAGAAAUGAGAUCCAGCAUCCCACAUGCCUCCUGUCCGUGCUCCUUGUGUAGACCUUUUGGCUACGGCAUUUUUCAUGGGCAAUAACAGUAAUAAUGUAUGUGGAUUGUGGAGUUUGUGAACCAUUUCUAGAUAUAUCUGAAUAAAUUCAUCUCAGGACAUGUGGGUAUUGCAGAGCA